GUUGAAAUCAACAAUGUGUUGCUCACUUUUGCGUUAUUCGUUGUGCUUUUACUGGAUUUCUCAAUGUUUUGCUCAAUUCACUCUACCAAACCAACCGGUGAAAGACGCUCUAUUCCUGCACAAUUUCGUCAGCAGCAACCUUACGUUGAAAGACUGCGUUUUUCGUCCAGCAAACUCCGAAUGUCCUGAUAAGGAUGUGUCGUAUUUCCUCUACACUAACGGCAAAAAAGAAAAAGUGGAUUACACGAAAACCGAUUGGUUGCGGCAGAGCAUUUGGGAUCCUCUAAAAGAAGAUGUCAUGCUAAUACAUGGAUACGCUGGUGGCGACGAUGAAUUACCCAUGGUAGUCCUGCGAGAUGCUUAUUUGAAAAACGGUAGCUAUAACAUCUGGGUGGUCGAUUGGGGUAAACUAAACCCUCCGCCGUGCUACCGAGCCGGCGUGAACAAUAUGAGAAUAGUAGGCAAAUGCACGGGAGAUCUUCUAACAGCGCUCCGAACAGCAGGUCUACAAACCGAAAAACUCACUUGCGUCGGACACUCUUUGGGUUCCCACGUUUGCGGCCUCAUCGCCCGAUUCGUCACGUUCAGGCUGCACAGGAUCGUCGCCCUGGAUCCGGCACGACCGUUCAUAACGCCCGGAUUAAGAUUAUCCAGCGGGAACGCUCUCGCCGUGCACGUGUUGCACACGAACGCCGGGCAUUACGGGGAAGGCGGAAAAACCGGACACGUCGAUUUUUGCAUUAACGGCGGGCGGGUUCAGCCUUAUUGCGAGAACGCCGAUAUUGAUGUUCAGUUAUGCAGUCACGUGUGGGCUAUUUGCUACAUGGCUGAGAGCCUCUUUCCGUCGUUGACGAAAAAAGCGGAGCCUUGUUCGAGGCGUUGCCCGGCUGGACCAAGACCUGGAACGAGAGUGGGAAUGCCGUUGGAGAUGGGACACGGUACACCUUUAUUCGCGUCAGGUUCUUAUUGCAUUCACGACAAGUAUCCACCGUUUUGCCCGGCUCACGAUGGCGCCUUGGGGGACAACAGAUGUUGCUUGAAACCUCCUGAGAGUUUAUCUUUAUCCAGUACACCAACUGAACCCACUGACGUACCGACACCGACUACCGUAGAUAUUUUUAGUUGAAAGGUGCAUUU